AUGAUUACUACUCUCAAAAGCUCCAUCAAGAAAACAACACUGAAGAUCUAUGAAGACAAGGCGAUGUUUCAGCUGGCUUCACUCCUAGACCCACGCUUCAACAUGGACUGGUGCCCACCACAACAAGUCAUGUUCAUCACAUCCCUACUGAAGUCUAAAGAACAUGAAAUUAUGUCCACUGCCACUGAAGAAAAGGGUUCCCUUCAGGAAAAUAAGGAGUUCCUGAUAAAAGCAUCAGCCUGCCGGGACCCGGACUGGUACGUCUGGCUGUUGACAGUGCUGGCUGUUGGGGUCACCCUGAUGUUCGUGGGCGAGGGAGCCUUCCCCCUCGCCCACGAACAUCACGAACAACCACGAACACCUAUGGCUCCCCUGGUUCCGGCAGCAUGGAGCGUGCCUUCCAAACCCACACCCUGCACCACUUCCACGGAUGAGGGAACGAACAUCCAGCCAAGUCACAAUGAUCCAGCUCCUGCUCUUCUUGCUUCCUCACUGAUGCACAAGACUGGCGCACCGCUGAUUACUACAAGAUUCAACAAGAAGAAGAAACAACAGUCAUUGGACGCUCACGAGACCCUCGGUGAGAAGACGAACACGAAGAAAAGGAAAGAGACCAAGCACCACAGCAAGACGAGGAGCUUGGAAAACCUGCAAGACCGCACCGGUCACAAGAAAACCAACACUCAAGGGGUUACGGAACCCAAAAUGCAGAGGAAGGCGAAUAACUUAAAAACCAAGACGCAGAUGAGGACGGAAUAUUUGUUUACGAUUAUGGACCCCAACAAGAAGAGGAAGAAGCAGGACACGGAGGACGAUGAACAGCAGAGCAAGAAGAACAAGAAAGACACGGGUGACCGCGAGGAGCAGUACAAGAAGACGAAGAAGGACACGGAGGACCACGAGAAGCAGGGCAGGAAGAGGAAGGGCACGGAGGACCACAGGAACCAAGACAAAAAGAGGAAGAAGGACACCAAGGACCACGAGAAGCAGGACAAGAAAACCAAGGACAGGGAAGACCACGAGAAUCAAGACAAAAAGACCAAGGGAGAAGCCAGGAAAGAACGAAGGAAAGGGUGGAAUAUGGAGUGCUGUAAACGGAUUAAGGACUGCAUCAAGAAGCGGAACAAGCAGAAUAAUGAAGACUACGAGGAACAGGCCAAAAAGAGGAGCACGGAGAAACGUGAGAGCCAGGCCAAGAAGAGGAAAGGGAAGAGUAUUGAAGACCAUGAUAGCCAGGCCAAGAAGAGGAAGAGGCAGGACAAUGAGGACCAUGACACCCAGGCCAAGAAGAAGAAAAUGCAGGACAGGGAGGAACAUGACAGCCAUGCCAAGAAGAGGAAGAGGCAGGACAAGGAGGACCAUGACACCCAGGCUAAGAAGUGGAAGAAGCAGAAAAAAGGAGGAACAUGA